AUGGCAAAUAUGGACAUUAAUGAGUUUCGCGAGUUCGGACGAGCUGCGAUCGAUUUCGUCGCGGACUAUCUGGAGAACAUCCGGGAUAGGGAUGUAUUGCCAUCGGUGGAACCGGGCUAUCUGCACGAUAUGCUGCCGGGGGAGUUGCAGAAUGAGCCCGAAGAUUGGAAAACCAUCAUGGAAGACUUCAAACGGUGCAUUCUACCGGGACUAACCCACUGGCAGUCGCCUCACUUCCAUGCGUUCUAUCCCUCCCAAACCUCCUACUCGUCGAUCGUGGGCGAAACACUAGCGGCGGGACUGGGUGUUGUGGGAUUCAGUUGGAUCUGCAGUCCCGUCUGCACCGAGCUGGAGGUGAUCAUGAUGAACUGGUUGGGGCAGCUGUUAAAUCUUCCCAAAUCCUUCCUGAACUGUGACGAAGGCAACGGUGGCGGCAUCAUCCAAGGUUCGGCCAGUGAAUCCAUACUCGUAGCGGUGUUGGCUGGUCGCGAACAGGCCGUCCGUCGUCUGCGCGUACAGCACCCGGACCUGACGGAGACGGAAAUCCGUGGCCGUUUGGUUGCGUACACGAGCGAUCAGAGCAACAGUGCGGUUGAGAAGGCGGGCAUUCUAGGUGCGAUCAGGAUGCGCUUGCUGCCAGCCGACGAGACCGGCAUCCUGCGCGGAUCUACCUUCAUCCAAGCGGUGGAGGAAGACGUUGCCAGUGGUCUGUUUCCGGUGGUUUGCGUCGCUACGCUCGGCACCACGGGAACCUGCGCCUACGAUAACCUGGCCGAAAUCGGUCCGUACUGCAACGAGCACAACAUCUGGCUGCACAUCGAUGCGGCAUACGCCGGUGCGGCCCUGUGUCUGCCCGAGUACACGCACAUCAUGCAGGGCGCCGAACGGGCCGAUUCGCUGAACUUCAACCUGCACAAGUGGAUGUUUGUCAACUUUGACUGUUGCGCGAUGUGGUUCAAAGACGCGGGCUCGGUCACGAAGUCAUUCAGCGUCGAUCGGAUCUACCUGCAGCACCAGUUUCAGGGACACAGCAAAGCACCGGACUAUCGGCACUGGCAGAUUCAGCUCGGUCGCCGAUUCCGCUCGCUCAAGGUUUGGAUCACGCUGCGCACGAUGGGUGCGGCGAAGAUCCGGGAUCUGAUUCGCUUCCACAUCCGGCUUGCGAAUCGGUUCGAGCAGUACGUACGGACGGACGAUCGGUUCGAGGUUGUCUGCUCCACGCUAGCGCUCGUGUGCUUCCGGCUGAAGGGUGACGACGCACAGUCGAAGCAACUGCUGGACAACAUCACCAAGCGCAAGAAAAUCUUCAUGAUACCGGCCACGUACCAGGGGAAGUUUAUCAUCCGCUUCAUGAUCUGCGGCAUCGACCCCCAGAUGCACGACAUCGAGUACGCUUGGGAUGAGGUGCGAACGCAGGCCGAUCUGCUGCUGGGUGUGGAUCAUAACCGUAACCAGCUGGCAAAGGAGCGGCUAGGGCAGGAAAGCAAACAGACCCCGGUGGAACCGAAGCAGUACGAGAAGAGUUCCGAGAUUGGCAAGAUCACGGAGAGUUUAACUGGGAUUAUGAUUUCCACCGAAAAGGGUCAAUGA